CCAGGCACAAGGUAAGCCGCAGCGAGGACUGCAUCUAUAAUCCCGCCCUAAACCAGCUCGGCUGAUUCGGGAAGAGAGACACACAUACGCGCCGUGCUACCCCGCUGUUGUAUUCGUGUCUCCCAGAGUCAGUCUGAUUUCGUCCUACACAAUCUCCCUGACCUGUAGCCAGCUCCGGGUUUCCAGAUAGAAAACCGAUCCGGGGUACACCUAUGUAACGAAUCACUUUUACCAUAGGUACACUCUAUCCCCAGGUCAGCCAACUAGGUAUUCAGCAACAUGACAGACAAGCCGUCAUCUCCUCCGGCUCCAGCUCAGUUCACCCCGCGCUUCCGCACCGAUGUCUACCUCUUCAUCCACCCUUCCAAGUUCAGGGGCUCUCUCCAGGACAAGGUAGCCAUCAUCACAGGCGCCGCGGGUGCCAUAGGCCGGGGACUGGCCGAGUCGUUUGCGGUAGCCGGUGCCAAGCUGGUCUUGACGUACCACAACACGCCGCCGCCGCCGGAGCUGGAGGAGAGAUGUCUCCGAUUUGGGGCUGGCGCGGUCGAGUUUGUCAGGUGCAAUGUUGCCGAGUUGGAAGGGUGCAAAGCGCUUGUGAAACAGGCACUUGACCUCCACGGCAGGGUGGACAUCUUGGUGAAUAACGCAGGAGCCAACGGCUUAGGACCGAUCUACGCCCAAGAUCCGCUCGACUUCAUCCACGACAUCGCCGUCAACUUCCACGGGCCCUACUACCUCAUGCGGCUGCUGGUGCCCAAAUUCCGCGAGCAGCGCAGCGGGUGCGUGCUCAACAUUGCCUCGCGCGCGGGCACCGUCGCCAUCCCGUACAGCACCAGCUACUGCGCGAGCAAGGCGGCGCUGAUCAACCUGACGGCCUGCACGCAGAAGGAGAUGGACAUGGAAGGGCUGGAGGACGUGCACUUGUAUUCCCUCCAUCCGGGCGGCAUCAAGAGCACCAUGACGCUGAAGAAAUACGCUCAGGAGUCAAUUGCCAACCUGCCGCCCCAGGCGCAGCGCUUCUUCGCCAACACGCUAGACGUCUACAACGACUCGCCAUACCUCAACGGCAUGGUGUGCGUGGCUCUGGCCACGGGCCUCGCCAAGCGUGUGCUGAGGGGCAAGUACUUUGAUGUCGGGCAGGAUCUGGAGGACGUGCUGGCGCAGGAGGAGGCGCUCAGGGCGGACCCGGAUUUGUACUCGCUGCAUACCAGCUUCUUGGGUGAAUUGACUAACGCGGGAGUGCCCCCUGGCGGGUAUCACGCCGAGGAGGUCAAGUUUGAGUUCCCGGGUUUCUAAGCGAUCAUCGGUGGGAUUAUGGAUCAUUGGGAUGAUGGGAUCUAAGUAUGGUUUUGGUAUGAUCAUGGAAAUAUAUGUUGCGACUCAAUCUGAAUCCCUCUCUCUGGGAGAUAUGAGGAAAUUCAGAUAUGCAACUAACGCAGUCCUUCUCCGGGAAAAAAAAGAAGUGCCGUCUUUUGCCGGCUCAACCGCUCGGAUGGCGCGGCGCUUUCGCUGAUGAUCUGAUGAUCUGAUAAGAUGAGCCUGCAGCAGGGUUGCAAAUUUGUGGAUACCAGGAGCGGGGGUUCCUGUU